CUCCUCAGGUCCGAACUCUCUCACACACCAACAAACACCGAAAGAGUAAAGUCAAGCUCUGUGUUCUUCCUCCUCUCUAUCUCUCUCUCUCUCUAACUUCGCCAUUCCCUCUUUCUGGUCUCUCUCUUCUGCAAAUCCGCCAUGGAUGUGCAGAAGAUGCACGGUUUUUUGCAAAUCGCCGUCGCCCUGAGUCUCCUGCUGUGUAAUGGCCCAAAUGCAGCUGCAUUGCAAAAACCAGAGUCGAUUGCAGGUGCCACAGCUUCGUCUUCUGGUUUCAAUUCGUCGCCGAUCAACUCGAAUUCAGUUUUGGUUGCCCUUCUGGACUCACAUUACACGGAGCUCGCUGAGCUCCUGGAAAAGGCCCUACUCCUGCAAACCCUAGAGGAAGCGGUGGGGAAGCACAACAUCACCAUUUUUGCGCCGAGGAACGAGGCCCUGGAGCGAGAUCUGGACCCUGAGUUCAAGCGGUUCUUGCUGGAGCCUGGUAAUCUCAAGUCGCUGCAGUCUCUGAUACUCUUCCAUGUCAUUCCUCGCCGGAUUCCGGCCAAAAACUGGCCGGAAUCGGAUGCACACUCCCACGACACACUGUCCAGCGACCGCCUCACCCUGACAUGCAAAAACCGGGUCAGAAAGGUGGAUCUGGCCUCCCUCAUCCACCCGGACUCUAUCGUCCGGCCAGAUGGUGUCAUACACGGGAUAGAGCGGCUCCUGAUCCCCCGCUCCGUACAGGCCGAGUUCAACAAGCGGCGGAGCUUAACCUCAAUCCAAGCCGUGUUGCCUGAGGGUGCACCUGAAGUUGACCCGAGAACAGCCCGGCUCAAGAAACCGGCUCACUCGGCACCCGCACCACCCUACACGCCCACUCUCCCCAUCUAUGCGGCCAUGGCUCCCGGUCCAUCACUGGCUCCAGCCCCUGCCCCUGGACCCGGCUCCGGCCACCACUGGUUUGAUGGAGAGAGCCAGAUCAAGGACUUUAUCCAUACCCUUCUGCAUUACGGUGGAUACAACGAGUUAGCUGAUAUUUUGGUUAAUCUUACCUCAUUAGCCACUGAGAUGGGAAAGUUAGUAUCUGAGGGCUAUGUAAUCACUGUCUUGGCCCCUAAUGACGAGGCGAUGGCUCAAUUAACGGCCGAUCAAUUGAGUGAACCUGGUGCGCCGGAGCAGAUUGUGUACUAUCAUGUGAUCCCGGAGUACCAGACGGAGGAGAGCAUGUACAAUGCGGUUAGGAGGUUUGGGAAGCUGCAGUACGAGACACUGCGGCUGCCACACAAGCUCGUUGCGGAGGAGGCGGAUGGGUCGGUGAAGUUUGGGCACGGGGAAGGAUCCGCAUACCUUAUUGAUCCCGACAUUUAUAUGGACGGUAGGAUUUCAGUCCAGGGAAUCGAUAAGGUACUGUUCCCUCCAGAUGAGAGGCCAACGCCAAAGGGGAAGAAGACGGAGUUGACGAGUAAGACUGCUGCCAAGGCGCCAGCGAGGAGAGGGAAAUUGCUUGAAGUGGCAUGCAGGAUGCUUGGGGCAUUUGGACAAGAUUCUCGUUUCUCCACCUGCCAUUAAAACAAAUAAGAAAAGCGUGCUAGAUUUGUCGGGGUGAAAAGGAAUUCCCACAUAUACUCCAACACGAGGGCAUUUGGAGAAGAAAGUGUUUUCUUUUUGGGGUUUUAGAGGAAAUUAGUGAAAUCUGCGGGUGGGUUUUUGCUGGUUUCCUCUUCUAUAAAUAUUAAAAUUUUUUGUGUGUAGCAUUAUUAUUGAUGUUAUUACCAUUAUUGCUAUCUUUUUGUGAAGAAGUCCUGUAGUGAAGAAGAAAGAAACAGGGUGCUGUUCUCUCUCUCUCUCUCUAUUUCUCUCUCUACUCUCUCUCCCAUGUCUCGAGGCAUGGGAGUCGUACAGUGUUGCCCAGAGCAUUCACGUGGGCCUUUCCACGUCUUUCCCACCGUAUUACAAUAAAUUGAAGUGAAAAAAUAAAUUCUUUUGGUGGCAAUAAAAGCUGUAAUUAAUGGA